CUUUUCUGGAAGACAAACCAGGCCCCACCUGAGUUUGUAUGUGUGUCACGGAGAAGGAGGGAACCCAAACCACAAUCAGCCACUGCAUAACAUUUCAGUCCUUGAUGGCAUAUACACUGGCGGUCCCAUAAGAUGGUACCACGUAGCCCAGGUGUGUCGCAGGCUGUACCAUCAAGGUUUGUGCAGAUGCACUUUGUGGUGUUCGCACAACGAUGAAAUCACCUGACAAUGCAUUUCUCAGAACGUGUCCCCGUUGUUAAGCACCGCGUGACUCUACUCCUAAAAGAAGAUGUGGUGGAUUUGAGGGGACCGACAAACAGGUGAGUAUUGGCACCAUUCCUUUCCUUCCGGUGAAAGACCCUAACCUAUUGUAAGCUUGGACAGUGCUUCCUUAAAUAUGCAUUUGCUCCUGUGGUUUACACUUUACACAGAAUUUUGCAAACCCCUUUUGAUCAUGACCCACUGUUUAAUGUUUCUCACCCUCGUACACAUUCUUAAAUAUAUAUAACAAACAAAAAUUUCACAGAAGAAUACCUACCCUCCCGUCCGAUGCAUUCUGAUAUUUUCACUUCUCAUCCUGUUCAUACCUUUUAAAUCUUGGUCACAAUCCACCAAACUGACUUCACAGCCCUCUGAUGAAUCAUAACCUGCACUUUUAAAAACCCUGCCCAGUGUAAAAGUAAACUUUGCAGAACUGUUCCAUAUCCACUGUGGUGUGGCUCUUGCACAGACCCGGGUGACUGGUGUACGCACCUCAUUUUACUGAGGAAAAAGGGCUCCUCAAAGGGCAUUGUCCAAGGUCACAGUCAGGUGACCAGAGCCCUUGAGACCUGGCUGAAGCAACAGCGGAGCCUGACCUUUCCCAGGACGGGAAGACACUCAGGAGGGGUCCAGGGAGCCCUGUGGGGGGCCAGAGGAGUCAGUACAGAAGAGCUGAGAGCCUCUGGCCAACCAGAGCUAGGCUUACUCAGAGCCACUCUCCUCCAGGCGAUUGGCCCCUGGGGGUUUCCCAGCCCCCACGCCAUCCUGGGGCCAGCUCUCUCCAGCAGGCGCCACCCCCAAGCAAAUUCAUCCCUGCUAGGUCCUGUGGGUGUGGUUUCUGACAGAUGGCCUGAGGCUGCUUUGUCCCAGUCACCAGGAACAGUCAUUUCUUCCCUGGCUCUGAGCUGAGAGGGCUCUUGGCAGGCUGUCCCACCAGCUUCUCAGCAUGGUUUUCAAGGAGCGACUCAGGGCCUGGAAGAGAAGCUUCUGGCGGCUGAUCCUACUUGCACUUGGCCUCUCAGGGCUGCUCCUGUACGGGCUCCCUGUAGUCAGGCAUCUGGAAGUCCUCAUCCCCAUGGGCAUCUGCCCUUUGGCCAGAAGGCCCCUGAGAGACAACUUCACAGGUCCCCUGCAACCCUGGGCCCGGCCUGAAGUCCUGACCUGUACCUCCUGGGGGGCCCCCAUCAUUUGGGAUGGGACCUUUGACCCAGAUGUGGCCCAGCAAAAGGCUGUAGAGCAGAACCUCACCAUUGGGCUGACCGUCUUUGCUGUGGGCAGGUACCUGGAGAAGUACCUGGAGCGCUUCCUGGAGACGGCCGAGCGCCACUUCAUGGUGGGCCAGCGCGUGGUGUACUACGUGUUCACCGAGCGCCCGGCCGCCGUGCCCCACGUGCCGCUGGGCCCUGGCCGCCGGCUGCGCGUGGAGCGCGUGGAGCGCGAGCGGCGCUGGCAGGACGUGUCGAUGGAGCGCAUGCGCACGCUGCACGAGGCGCUGGGCGGCCGGCUGGGCCGCGAGGCGCGCUUCGUGUUCUGCAUGGACGUGGACCAGCACUUCAGCGGCGCCUUCGGGCCCGAGGCGCUGGCCGAGUCGGUGGCGCAGCUGCACGCCUGGCACUACCACUGGCCGCAGUGGCUGCUGCCCUUCGAGCGCGACGCGCGCUCGGCCGCCGCGCUGGCGCCCGGAGAGGGUGACUUCUACUACCACGCGGCCGUGUUCGGGGGCAGCGUGGCGGCGCUGCGCGGGCUGACGGCGCAUUGCGCGCGGGGCCAGCGGCAGGACCGCGCGCGCGGUCUGGAGGCGCGCUGGCACGACGAGAGCCACCUCAACAAGUUCUUCUGGCUGCACAAGCCCGCCAAGGUGCUGUCGCCCGAGUUCUGCUGGAGCCCCGACAUCGGCCGGCGGGCCGAGAUCCGCCGCCCGCGCCUGCUCUGGGCGCCCAAGGAGUACGCCCUGGUGCGCGCCUAGCCAGGCCAGGCCUCGGCCUGCCCCCGGCCGGCCCCCCGGCCCGGGCCCUGGGGCCCCGAGAGGGCCCGGAGCGCGCGACAGAGGAGAGUCAGCGGGUCCCUCCUGGAAGAGGCGGCCUGGCCCUUUGGAGCGCAGACAGGAUUGGAUGGAAACAGCCCUCCCGCCUCGCUCUCGCGCUGGGCCCGGGGUGGCAGGAGGAGGUCCGGCUCAGGGAACUUGUCACUGGAGAGAAAGAUCCCCUUUCCCUCGCUCACAACAGCGACUGGGGCAUGACUGUCUGUAGACCUUUCCCUUUUUUUUUUUUUUUUUUUUUAAAGAUUGGCAUGUGUGCUAACAUCCGUCGCCAAUCUUUCUUGGUUUUUUUCCUUCUCCCCAAAGCCCCUCAGUACGUAGUUUUAUAUUCCAGUUGUACAUCCUUCUGGCUCUGCUGUGUGGGACGCCGCCUCAGCAUGGCUUGAUGAGCAGUGCUAUGUCCGCACCCGGGAUCUAAACCGGGGAAACCCAAGGCCGGCAAAGCGCAGUGUGCCAACGCAACCGCUUGGCCAAGGGCAGCCCUGACCUUUCACAGCUGAUACCUCCUGAAGAUGUUACCGAACCUGAAGUGAGUUCGCUCACCCGUUGCGCAGCAAGCCAAUCUCUGACACCGGGGGUGGUGGAAGAA